CUUCCGGGCAUCGCGAGACUCGAGCAUCCGCGGCUCAACGCCGCACGGACUCAGUUCACGUGAAUUCUCACUGGUCACUGUCUGUCAGUGUGUUAGGGAUUCAUAAAGGAUGUUGGUGUGUAUGGAAAGCUGAUCUGAGGAUCUGAAGCUCUGUUUCCAGGGUGAUGAGCCGUGUGCUUUGAAAACAUCCAAUAUUAUGGGCUGUGCUUGCUGUAAGCAGAGGAAGGCCAGUAAAGCUGUGUCGAAUCCCAACUCGUGCGACACAGGCAAUGGGAUCCAGUCAUUAGAACCCUCCCGAUACAUCCCCGAUCCGACUUUUAACCCAUCAACGGGGUUGAUCCCGAACUUUAAUGAUUUUUCAAACACAGCACCUGCUCCCUCGUCCCGCCCAACUGCCAUCACAGGAGGAGGUGUAACGCUCUUUAUAGCUCUCUAUGACUAUGAUGCCCGUACAGAGGACGACUUGAGUUUCCAGAAAGGAGAAAAGUUCCAUAUUAUCAACAACACCGAGGGUGACUGGUGGGAGGCUCGUUCACUGGACACAGGGAAGUCUGGGUACAUUCCUAGUAAUUAUGUGGCCCCUGUGGACUCCAUACAAGCUGAGGAGUGGUAUUUUGGGAAGAUGGGCCGGAAAGAUGCUGAACGACAGUUGUUGGCACAAACUAACCCUAGAGGGACAUUCCUAAUACGUGAGAGCGAGACAACGAAAGGAGCAUACUCUUUGUCCAUCAGAGACUGGGAUGAUGCGAAAGGCGAACAUGUCAAGCACUAUAAGAUUAGGAAGCUGGACAAUGGCGGUUAUUACAUCACAACAAGGACACAGUUUGAUACCGUCCAGCAGCUGGUGGAGCAUUAUACAGAGCGCGCAGCAGGGCUGUGCUGCCGUUUGAUUGGCAGCUGUAGGCGGGGCAUGCCUAAACUUGCUGACCUGUCAGUGAAGACUAAGGACGUUUGGGAGAUUCCCAGGGAGUCACUUCAGCUCAUUAAGAAACUGGGCAAUGGCCAGUUUGGUGAAGUGUGGAUGGGCAUGUGGAAUGGCACAACUAAAGUUGCAGUGAAAACCCUGAAGCCAGGCACCAUGUCUCCGGAGGCCUUCCUGGACGAGGCCCAGAUCAUGAAGAGGCUCCGGCAUGAUAAACUGGUACAGCUGUAUGCGGUGGUGUCGGAGGAGCCCAUCUACAUCAUCACAGAGUUCAUGAGUCAAGGAAGCUUGUUGGACUUUUUGAAAGAUGGAGAUGGCAGAAAUUUAAAAUUGCCUCAACUUGUGGACAUGGCAGCCCAGAUCGCUGGGGGCAUGGCGUAUAUUGAGCGGAUGAACUACAUCCACAGAGACCUGAGAGCUGCCAAUAUCCUGGUUGGAGAGGGUCUGGUCUGUAAGAUUGCAGAUUUUGGACUGGCUAGACUCAUUGAGGACAAUGAGUACACAGCUAGACAAGGAGCAAAGUUUCCAAUAAAGUGGACCGCCCCAGAGGCUGCUCUGUAUGGGAAAUUUACCAUCAAAUCAGAUGUGUGGUCUUUUGGCAUCUUGUUGACGGAGCUCAUCACCAAGGGCCGAGUGCCUUACCCAGGGAUGAACAACAGAGAGGUGCUGGAGCAGGUGGAGCGUGGGUAUCGCAUGCCGAGUCCGCAGGGCUGCCCGGCUUCACUGCACGAGCUGAUGGUGCAGUGCUGGAGGAAGGACCCGGACGAGAGACACACCUUUGAGUACCUGCAGGGCUUCCUGGAGGACUACUUUACUGCUACUGAACCCCAAUACCAGCCUGGAGAGAACCUGUGAUAGCAUUAGCUCAAUAUAUCCUUCAGGAAAGAUGCGAUCGCCUUUCUAACUUUCUAUCACAAUACCUCCAAAAACUGCUGCACUGAUGCACGGCACCUCAAUCACAGGCUCUGGACAUGCAAUCUCUCAUCUUGUGGUGUAGCGUGAGAGCUUCAAACUAAAAAUGCCUUCCAAGAUCUCAAACCGCAAGAUGGGUCACUUUUUUGAAGUAAUAAUGGGCAAUGCUAAUGUCGGGUCUUCUUUAACUUUAACCCCUGGUUUCACAGACAAGGCUUAAGCCUAGACUAAAAUACACGUAUGAGGAGUUUUAACUGAAAGAAUGUCUUUAAAUGUGUCAGUUCCAUUGUGUUUUGUCUCAAAGACGCACACCAGUAAUGUUUUCUUCCGAGGCACAUUUAUAAAAGCUACUUUAAUUUAAAUAAGGCUUUAUCCUGGCUUAAUCUAAACCCUGUCUGUGAAACCAGGCCUAUAAAUAUGAUGGCACAUAUUAAUACAGCUUAUUGCAUAUCUUUGAUUAGGCAAUAGCAAUCAUAUUUAAUCAUAUUAAUACCUACCCGUUUCAUUAUAUCCACCGCUGUAUUUGAAUGCCUUGUCUCUUAUAGACUAUUUCUAAUGAGUUAUUCUGGCCAACGGAGGAUUUUGCUCUGAUAUAAAACAGGAAAUCUCUACUGGACAUUCGGCAGUAAUCCGGAUAAUUGAGAUUUUUCACACAGCUAUCUAGCCGGAGGUGUGUUUUCACAGAGAAAGCUCUUCCAGCUCCUGAAAGAGCAUUUUUGAAUGUAACAAUUUUUUUGUCUCCCAAAAAAAAAAAAAAAAAAAACUCAAUGCAAAUGUCUUGAUAUGAAGUAGUCAAAAAUGAAAUCUUGAAAUUACAGAGGUGAUUGUGUGUCCAUCUCAAAACUAUUUGAAAUGCUCUUGCUUUUGUUUCUCUGGGCUGUGUUCAUUUAUCCAGUCAUGUUAUUGCUUUAUAAUAAUCAUUUUUGUUUAAUUUUGAAGUCUAACAGUCUUGUAUUAUCUUAUUAGACAGCAGUUCUGUUGUUUCUAGUGAGUUUAAAGACGCAGUAUUGACGUCAGCAUUGAAAAAGACUUUCUUCAGAGCUGUCCUUUAAAAUGAGAAGAAAAACUACUGUUUUUAUUGUUUUGUUUCCUGCAUUUUACACUGUAUUUUCCAUCUAAUCGCUGCGAUUUAGUCUAUAAUUUAAGUGGAUAUCAAACCUGUGGCUUUAUUCGGGGUCAGUGAUAUUCUUGAAGUGAAGGAUGUGUAUUACAGUUAUGUGAUGUUCGUGCCAUUUUAUUAUACUGAGCUUACUGAACUGAA